CCCUUCACUUCACUUCAGUGCCAGACAUUCGCAGUUGUUUGAAGUAGCAGGAGCAGCUCCAUGCCCAGGAGAGAGGGAGUGAGUAGGCGAGCAAAAGAGAGAGAGAGAGAAAGAGAGAGAGAGAGAGAGCACAUCUGAGUGAGUGCAGUAAAGUCCAGGAGAGUUUGGAAGGAGGCGAAUGGUUCCUGUGAGAAGAUCAGCGCUGGCUUCAUGGUGUUACUGACUCUCCAGAACCUGGAAUCCAGAGCAGGUUUUCUGAAUUUAACCCCAGAAACGUCUCCACAGGGGGGUCUCUCAGUCUCUCAGCGGAACGGACCCUCAGCCCUGAGGUUUGGGAUUCUGCAGCCUGAAGACGGAACUUUUCCAGCAGAAAAAUCCAAGCUUCCAUGGUUGGGAUCUCCAACAGAUCCAUGUUUGUUGUAACUGAGGAUCAUUCGGACUCAUCUUCACCCAACAAAUUCAUCCACCCUCUGCCCAGUCCUCUGCCCAGUCCUCUGCCCAGUUCCUUGCCCAGUCCGAGUCAUGACUUCUAGCUAUGCCCAUGUAAUGGACAGACCAGCCACGCUGCCCAACCACCGCCUGGAGAGCCCCAUCACCGCCAGCCACCUGGACAAUUUACAGGCUAAGAAGAACUUCUCGGUGAGCCACCUGCUGGACCUGGAGGACUCGAGGGAGAUGGUGGGAGCGCAGGGGGAUGAGGGGGCCGCCGAGACGGGCAGGAACAUGCUGGAGUCGCCCGGACUGACCAGCGGCAGCGACACCGCGCAGCAAGACAGUGAGCAGCUGAACUCGGAGGAGAAGAAGAAGCGUAAGCAGCGCAGGAACCGGACCACGUUUAACAGCAGUCAGCUGCAGGCGCUGGAGCGAGUGUUCGAGAGGACGCACUACCCCGACGCCUUCGUCAGAGAGGACCUGGCCCGCAGGGUCAAUCUCACCGAGGCCCGGGUACAGGUGUGGUUUCAGAACCGCCGGGCCAAGUUCCGGCGUAACGAGAGAGCCAUGCUGGCCAGUAAAAACGCCUCGCUGCUCAAGUCCUACUCAGGAGACGUCACGUCGGUGGAACAGCCCAUAGUGCCCCGGCCUGCCCCCCGACCCAGCGACUACCUGUCCUGGGGGGGCUCAGCUCCAUACAGUGCGAUGGCGAGCUACUCGCCGUCCUGCGCCAACAACAACACGGCACAGGGCGUGAACAUGGCCAACAGCAUCGCCAACCUGAGACUGAAGGCCAAGGAGUACAGCCUGAACCAGGUGCCCACCGUCAACUGAGGGGACGCCGUUUACGGGGACGCUGUUUGGCGCUAAGAAAAACGUUGGGCGGACGAUAAAAAUAACCAUAACGGUAAUGAUAGCGUUAACUGUUGAGCCAAAAAUGAAAGAAAGAUCCUGCCAGUCUCCGUCUUCAUACAGAUGAAUGAUGUGUACUCACUACUCACUGUGUGCCUUACGUUGUGCAUCAUGGCCUUCUUUUGGACGUAUCGGUAUCAGAAGAGAAGAAUAACGGGACUCAUCCUGGAUGUUAAAGCGAAACGAAGCGGGAGGAAAGCCCAGACACUCUAAAACAUUGAUUUACCUAAGAUACGAUAUGUCAUGUUUUGGGCAGUCGCUGAAGACAUGUGGGGAAAGAUUUUUUGGAGAACACAAAGCGAAGGGCCAAAUGGAAAGUCUGUGUUUUCGAGUUCGCCAAAGCUACAUGGGCGUCGCUCAGGCAGGUUCUGGAAAACGCAGCUGAUCGCGGGGAAGCGAUGACCUCUCUGGAAUCCGGCUGAAGACUUUUUUUUUUCUUUUUGUUUCGGGGAGUCUUCAGGAUUUUUCCUUGAUUUCCCAAGAGACCCACAGCUCAGUAUAAUCACUGCCAAGACUUUGCUGUGUUCUUCAAUAACUGGGUAAAACGUUGUUUUUUUUUAAGCUCUGUAAUAAACGUAUUAUGAUUUCACGUCGGGUUUCGAUUGACACGCAGUGGAUUGAUGAGGAUUCUGGUGUGCGUACGCCAUCCUGUAUCAUUGGGAACUAAGCCAUCUCUCUCUAAAGACUCUCUCUAAAGCCCAGAAGCCUUACCCUGUGUGUACUGUAUACUGCCUGAGUAUAUCUGAAAAAAAUGUCAUUUUACUAUGCAAUAAAAAAACAUGCGAAAGCAGUGUAAUGCAGAAA